GCUCACUGAGCGUCAUGCAGGACAUCUGCUGUCCGCACAGAGCUGCACACAGCGCAACACCGGACUACCGCCUUCAAACACCGCAAAUGACUGGAUCCAAGUUUUCACACCGAAGAGGAAACACUGGAGAUUUUAAGUGUUUUCGGAUUCACUGCAUCUCUUCUGAUGUCUGGAGAAGCAUUAUUAAAGAGCUUUAACUGAGCAGACUUAUAAGGAGGAAUCUUGGCUCCUGCAGCCAUUUCCCCUGCAGAGCUGAGCUCUUUGGCUGGCUUGCUACUUCCUUUAGCAGAGGGGCUGCUGGCAGGGGCAACAUCUAAGCAGGUCAUGAAGCCUCAAGAGGCAGAGCUUGUCACUGAAAUCUCAAAGUUACAAUGCAUGGUCUCGGAGCUGAAGACGGGCUUCACCAGCGCUCUGCUGGAGCUCAGUAAGAUCCAACAUGGAGACACGUACCUGAGGGAGGAGCUGGAGGAGAACAGGAGGAGCUGCCAGAAGAAAGCUCAUCGUCUGGAGGCUCUGGUAGAGUCACUGAAGGAAGAACUUGGAGUGAUGCAGUGUCAGAUCUUGCAGCUGUACAGUAACAGACAGAGACCUCUGCAGGAUGGAAAGAGCUCCACACCCAAACAGAGAGAAAGCCGUGACCCAGCAGAAUCGGCCUGCGAGCGGAGUCAGUGUGAGCGUCCGUCUGCUCCACCAGCCUGUCUGUCCAGAGGGAAACUGCUCCUCCACUGUUUCCUGCAGGGCCUCAAAGCAGGACUGAGUGAAGGCACAGAUGCACGACAUCAGGUGGCGAUGCAACUUCUGCAUUCUGAGUGGGAGUACGUGUCAACCUUAAACCAGCUCUAUGAUAAAUACAAGACACCACAGGAUCACCAGAUGACUGUUGAGCCAUAUCAGACUUAUCUGAAGUUUGUGGAGCAGCUGCUACAGCGACAUCUGCUCUUCAGAAACACCCUGCAAGAACGAUUAUCUGCUGAACACUGGAAAUCUCUGGUCGGAGACAUCCUGGUGCAGCUUAUCGGCCAAAAUGACACAGCCUUCUCGGAUAUGUACCUUGGAUACACGACUACCCUGGCGGCAUUCCUCUCGCUGGAGUUCAACAGACUAAAUCAUCCUGAGAAAAGUCAGAAAAUGCAGAGCGACCAGAUGGAGAGGGAGGAAGUGAAACUGCUCUCCCUGCUGUUGGCACCUGUCUCUCGCAUACACAGCUACCUGAGCCACAUUCAGAACUUGUUGCAGUGGACGGGUAAAGAGCAUCCUGACUGCAGCCUCCUGCUAGGAACUGAGCGAGCUCUGAGGAGCAUUUUGUCUCGCUGUCAUGUGAUUCUGGAGGAAGACGUCCAGUGGGAGGAAGGAGAAGGAGCUGGAGAAAGCUGCUCUGAUGCAGUGGCUGGUGGAUCCUCUGCAAGCUGUUGCAGAAGAAGCCAACAGACCAGAGAGUCUCAGCAUGAGUCCAACGCCGCAGCUCAGAGAGAUGACCAGCAGGCCGUCGGCAUCACUAACGGAGUCGACGGCUGUCACUCCAUGCGUCUGGAGUGCUGGUCCUGCAGCCCAGUGAGGAGGAAGGGCUGCGGAAGAGACUGGACCGCCCCGAACCAACCAGGCCGUGACUGUGGACACGCCUACUGCUCCCUCCUCACUCCUGACACGGCAGGGUGGGGAGAGAACAGCGACUCGGGCCAGGGCACCUUCAGCCAGCCCACCGGGAAAGGCACCAACGAGCUGGAGGCGCCUUACACUAACCACAGCCUUGAGGACGGUGAGACAGACCCAGAUGACACCUCCGCCUUCGACUACUCCUCUGUCACCUCCUGCAGCCCUGAUGGCACCCUCCGCAGGGAGAUGAUGGGCAGCAACAGUGGGGAGGAUGAAGAGGAGGACAGCCAGGUGCCAGUGCUGUUAAAGCCCUCAUACAACCAACAGCAGUCGAGGGAGGCACCCAGAGAGAGGACUGUGUGUCUCAGGUGGCAGAUUCCCAGACUGACCCCUCACCCUCCUCUGAGAAACACUGCAGGGCCGUGCGUGGACGGGCCAAAGCCGUGCCUCGUCAGCUCCUACGGGAAGAGGCUGGUUAGUGUCAGGAAGGGCUCGCCUCCUUUACAUCCAAAAAGUGCCUUCAGGCCCAUCUGGGAUGAUCCAUCCAAACAGGCUGAUUCAGCUCCGGAGAAAGACAACAGACAAGGCUUCAUACCGAUUCAAGCUCAAGCGAGGCAAAACUUUCAGAAUUUCAACCCGAGCAGAGAAAACCUGAGACCAGGCCUGCCUCAGCAGCGAGGUAACCAUGCGGCGGCCAUGAGCAGUGGAGGAUUGUGGGACGACAGUGAGGACAGCGAGGGACCCUGCAGCACCGUUUGACCCAGAGACAAGAGGACUAUCUCUAAAAACUGCUGCACAAAACCCUUUAAGUUACAACCAAACUGAGCUCAAGAUGUGAUUUAUUUAAUGGAUACAUUUUCCCAAAAGGCCAUGACAGCAAAGUUAAUGACAAAUCGAUGGUCCUGAUAACUGGAUGUGGGAUUUUUAUUGAUCUUCUGUUAAAUCUGAAUCUUUUAUGAACACUGCGGACAUCUUUGUUUGUCUGUUUGGUUCUUCGGGAUUACAAUUCGACAUGUGGGACAGCAACCAGAGGAUGUGUUCAGGGGUUUUAGUGUCCAGAAAAUUAGCAACAUAGAUUUCUCAAAACACAAACUAAAUCUGAAACAUUUCCUACUAAUGUUAGAUUUACAUCAAAAUCCCACUUUGCUAUUCAAAACCAUAUUUAUUUUAACUAAUUGAAAGUGAGAGGGUGGUGGUAUGUGAAGAGACAUUUUUAAUAUAUAGCUGAAGGAAGGUACUAAAUAACACAUUUUAUUUACUAGGACUAGACUAGAACAUAUUCUCAUUCACUUUGUGGUGAAGAGAUAACACUAAAUAAGAAGAUGUUGUCACUCUUCACUUUAGAAUAUAGUUACUGUUAGCAGCUGGCUGGUUAGCUUAGCAUAGCAUAAAGGCUGGAAACAGCUGGAGUGGCUCUGUUAAAUAGUAACAAAAUCCACCUACCAGCUCAUCUAAAGCUCACAAACUAACACAUUAUAUCUAGUUUGCCAGUCAGGCACAGUAACGGUCUCCGCUGGUUGCUCAGCAACAACUCAGAACCAGGAAAUAGCCCAGUACACGAUAUUUCUUUUCCCCCCCAGGAUGGUGAAGUUAUGACCCGCCCUAUUCUGCCUCUGACUUUUUUACCCCAACCCUAACCAAUCCCACUCCUCAUGCCUAAACCAAACUAACCAAUCCAAUGAAGGCAACGAGUACUAGCCAAUCAGAGGCGGCUAAUUAUCAUUUUUUAAAACUGUUUUUUGGUACAAAUUGUAUAUAUCUGUUAAUUAGUGAGCUUUGGAAGUGCUGGUAGAUAUAUUUGGUUACACUUGGAUAGAGCCAGGCCAGCGGCUUUUAAACUUUAGCUUAGUUUAAACUAAGCUAACUCUGUGCUAACGGCUAGCUGUAUAAGUAUGAGCUAAAUUAACAGACAAAUUAAAAGUGGUAUCAUAUUCUCAUCUCAACUUCCCCCAGAAAGCAAAUAAGUGUAUUUCAUUAAACUUAAAUCUGUUUCUUUAUCAAUUAAUCAAUCUUUUCAACUUACUUCUUGUGUGAGAAAAUCUGAAUUGACAGCGAAAGAAAAAACGAGAAGAGAAAUGAGCAGUUCAGUACAAAAUAAGACUGGGUGAUUUAUUAAUCUCAUCAAGACCAUUAAUACAAAGCAGUUAAAAGGCCACAUACCAUCAAAUAAACCGACUGCUGGAUCAAGCUGUUACAGUGCCACCGGAGGAAAACCAAUCUGUUAUUCUGUCGGGGCUGGGGUUUAAAAAAAGAUAAACAAAACAAAA